AUGUGUUCUUCAAAUCCUUCCCAAAAAAUUCCUUCUUCAAGCCAUGUCUCUCCUACUUUCAGUUCAUUCUUUGACCUUGAAAAAGAUGGUUUUUAUUUUAGUCACCAUGAACACAACAGGAACCCAUUUGUCUCUCCCCCACCCUCAUCACCACCACCGGAGGUCAAUGCAAAUAUGCAAGAUUUGAUUUGUCAGCAGCAGGUUCAAGAAGGAUCUGUGUUGCAGUAUAGUGAUGAUUAUGAUGAUCUUUUAGAGUCAAUAGUUUAUCCUUGUAAGAAGAAAACAGUGAACAGUAAGAAAGAUGGGCAUAGUAAAAUCUACACAGCUCAAGGCCCUAGAGAUCGGAGGGUGAGAUUGUCCAUUGAAAUUGCUCGAAAGUUUUUUGAGCUUCAGAACAUGCUAGGGUUCGACAAAGCAAGCAAAACCCUCGAUUGGUUGUUUACGAAAUCCAAGGUCGCCAUUAAGGAGCUGGUUGAAGAAACAAAGCACUCAUCGUCAUCCACUGUUAGUACUGGACAAUGUGAAUUGGCUUUUCUUGAUGACGAUGAAGGUGAGAACAAGUCUGAAUUCAGGUUUGUUAAUGGAAAAAUGAAGAAAAUAACUCAAAAAAAGCAAUCCGGGCAUCGUGUUGAUCUUGCGAGAGAGCAGUCAAGAGCAGAGGCAAGAGCUAGGGCUAGAGAAAGGACAAAAGAAAAAAUGCGGAUUAAGAUGCAACAAUAUGAUUUGAAAAAAUUUCCUGAUGAGUACUCUUGUCAUGCAGUAAGCUCUUCAAACUUAACUCUUCAGUCGAGCUUUUGGGGUCAGAUGGAAUCACAAAGUGAUUACAACGAAUCAGUUGUGGAAAAAAAAAAAUUAUGUAAUUAG